AUGUCGAUGCCAAUACUUGUGGCUCUGGGUGCUUUUGCCCUCCUCUUUCUCAGAUUUUUGUUCACAUUUGUCCAAAACCAUCGCUUUGCCAAAGCGCAUGGCUGUCAAGAGGCACGGCAACAGCCACAGUUCGAGCGCAUCAUCGGCUACGAUAGCUUCAAACGUCAGGUCGCAAUGUCCAAAGCCAAGCAGAUCCUUCCAGAUGGAUUCCAACGUUUCGAGGACGUGGGCGACACCUUUUCCCUCGUUUCGAUGGGCAGGAAGUUCUGGUUCACGAGAGAGCCAGAGAACGUCAAGGCAGUUCUUGCCACCAACUUCAAGGACUUCGGGAUUGGGCGGAGAUUCAGGGCCAUGGGACCAUUGUUGGGACAAGGAAUAUUUACCAGUGAUGGUGCGCUCUGGGAACAUUCGCGUGCCCUUGUACGUCCCAGCUUUACCAAAAGCCAAGUAGCGGACCUCGAUACAUUCGAGACGCAUAUCCAGCGUUUUAUCGAGAAGAUCCCUCACGAUUACUCGACCAUCGAUCUUCAAGCUCUGUUCUUCCAGCUAACACUGGACAGCGCCACUGAGUUUCUCUUUGGAGAGUCCGUGGAUGUUCUACGUAGCCCGCCAGGAUCCGAGCAGCAGCUUUUCGGCCUUUCUUUUGACUACGCACAGAAGGAGGUUACGCAACGAACGAGACUUGGACCCUUCGUCUGGUUUUAUCGAAAUAAAGAAUUCGAUAUUGCCUGUAAGCGGGUACAUAACUUCGUGGACAAAUUCGUUGCGAGAGCACUUGAAUAUCGACGUGCUCAUCGGGCUGGCGAAACCACGAGUAACGAGAAAGAGAAGGGGAAGUAUAUCUUUGCGAAUGAAUUGGCUCUAGCCACCGACGAUCCCAUGCAAAUUCGCGGCGAGUUAUUGAAUAUCCUGCUUGCAGGUAGAGAUACAACUGCGGGCCUGCUUAGCAACACAUUCUUUGUUCUGGCACGUCGACCAGAUAUCUGGGCCAAACUCCAGAACGAAGUCGACCGGUUAGAAGGAAAGCGGCCGGGUUAUGAGACAUUACGGAGCAUGAAGUAUCUGAAGUUUGUUUUGAAUGAAUCACUCCGCCUGUACCCAUCAGUUCCAGGCAAUUCACGAUUCGCCAAUAAAGCCACCACGAUUCCAGUCGGUGGUGGCCCAGAUGGCAAAUCACCAAUCUUCAUUCCCAAAGGUGGAACUGUCGCGUAUUCAACCUACUCAAUGCAUCGCCGCAAGGACCUUUAUGGUGAGGAUGCAGAGGAAUAUAACCCCGACCGCUGGGAGAUUUUGCGUGUAGGAUGGGAAUAUCUGCCAUUCAAUGGAGGACCAAGAAUUUGUGUCGGACAGCAAUUCGCCUUAACGGAGGCCGGCUAUACGAUUGUGAGAUUGCUGCAAAAGUUCGAGAAGAUUGAGAGCAGAGAUCCGACGCCCUGGUUAGAAAACCUGCAUCUUACUUUGAGUUCAGGAAACGGUGUACAAGUCGCGUUAUUUGCUCGAUGA